AUUGCCCCCUUUCGACGCCUGUUUUUGAGGAUGAGAUAGUACCUUCGUCCACAUUCUUUUUACUUAAAAGUAGAAUCAGUUGUUGUAUUUUCAUGUACUUCCUCUGGUUUCUUCGAAUGUUGGAAGAUCCUCAUAAUUUGGACUACAAAUAGAAAGUUUCGUGACCAUGAUUCGGAAGAAGUUGUUAUCAAAAUGUAGCAGGUGAUAUCGAAAGCAUUCACAGUUUCCUUGUCAGCGAUUGAUCAUGUGACUUCAAUUCAUCAACAUGGAUGGUCAUGGAGCAUCAGGGUCCGUGCUAUUGCUGUGUGGAGAAUACCAUUUGACCACAUUACACUGACACCCUCCUGCUUGGAUAUGAUCAUAUCCUCUGAUAUAUUAAUGAAACACAAGUUGAAGAAGAAUAUUCAUAUUUUCAAUCCUGUAGAUGAUAACAACCACUGUUUCUGUUUCUUCACAGAAUACUUAAAAUUCUAAAUAAGUACCUACAAUAGGCCAAGUUCAUGCCAUGUUUCCCAAAGAUGGGGAAGAAACCAUCUGCUGAUGAAAGUAGCUUGACCAUGAGUGACAAGAGUCUUGGGUUAUCUGAAUCCACCAGUUUCGAAAGAGGUAAUCGUCGCCUGCGAAGGAAGUUGAUGAUUGAUUUUGAGUCAGAAGAUGAGGAUGUUAAUGUUGUUGAGGAAGCUGCUGCUCAGAUCAAAGGAAAGAAACAUGUUGGUGAUACUGAGAUUGAUCUGAAUGAUGAGCCAGAGGAGACAGAUGCUGAAACUGAAACCAAAGAUGUAGGUGGGACUGAAUCUUUAGUUGAAGAUGGAGGCAGAGUUGUUUCCAUUGAUGGUACUCCUAAGGCUGUUGAAACUGAGAAAUUUAAAUCUGGAUUCACUUUAAGUGAAGCUGUUGCUGGGAAGAAGUUUAUUGACUUUGCUGUGGAAGAUGAUGAACUUGAUGGCAUAGUGUCUGAAGAUGAAAGCACUGAGGACAGUGAUUCUUCUGAAGGAGAAGACAUGGUGGAUAAUUUGGAUGAGUGUGGCCUUAAAUACAAGGUCAAGAUUGAACCUGUUGAUGAUGACAAUGACAAAGUGCUGAAGAAAGGUGUAUAUGGUGAUGAGGUGAUUGUGAUCUCAGAUGAUGAUGAGGUUGCUCCCUGAGCUUAUCUCUACCUAUUACUAGGAGGUUUAAGACUAUAUAGUCUGAUGUGCUGAAAAAGAUGCAGUUUGUCUUAUCUGACAACAGCUCCAAAAACUUUUUGUUAUAGUAUUAGUAGGAUUAGUAUUGUUGUCAAGUUCAGUCCUCGCUUUUUGAUGCAUGAAUUGGAUUUGGUCACUGUACUCUGACCACAGUUACACACUCCAAUUCAAUGCCCUUAUGUUUAUGUUUUAAUGUAUCCUGUAGGAAUCUCUGUCAUGUAACUGACAUAUCCAGUAUAUGUACUGUGGACCUAUCUAUGUAUGCAAUGGUUUCUUUCAUACAUGUAUGCUUUGAUUGUGUA